AUGAUCACUCCUUCCUUCCUUCAAGCCGCUCUGCUAUUUCUUGCGGUAGCUGCACCUCAGGCAGCAUACGCUACGCUCUACCAGAGUGCUGAUGCCGCUGCUGCGAAGACCUCGCGUACGAAGUACGACUACAUCAUUGUCGGCGCUGGUGCUGCUGGUGGCGUUCUAGCAAACCGGUUGUCCGAGGACAGCACCAAAAAGGUCCUUCUUAUUGAGGCUGGUUCCAGCGACUAUAACAACACUAACAUUCGCAUUCCGUGGCUUGCUCCAGCAUUGACCGGGUCUACUUUCGACUGGAACUACACUACCACACCCCAAGUGGGGCUUAAUGACCGCUCCAUCGGGUAUGCGCGGGGUAAGGUCCUCGGCGGGUCGACAUCCAUCAACUACAUGAUCUACACCCGCGCUGCGGAGGAUGAUUACAACCGGUGGGCAUCCGUAACGGGUGAUAGUGGCUGGAAUUGGAACAAUAUGUUCAAGUACUUCCUCAAGUUGGAGGAUUUCACAAAUUCGCCUCAGGUCGUUAGUGCCAGUACAAAGUUUGUCCCCUCGCUCCACAAUACCACCGGUCCCCUCGGCGCAGGUCUACCAGAGGUCACCCUUGCCACGGACAACAUUGGACUGCAAGCGCAGCAACAGCUUUCUGCCGAGUUCGCAUACAACCAAGAUGUGAACUCUGGUAACAUGAUCGGCUUCAGUUGGACGCCCUUUUCUAUACAAAACGGCGCUCGUUCCGAUUCAGCGCGCGACUACAUCCAGCCGGCGCUCUCACGGAGCAACCUCGAUGUUAUCGUGAACGCGCAGGUCACCAAGGUAGUCCAGACUACGACCUCGGGCAAGACUCCGGUUGUGCGCACCGUGCAAUUCCAGACUGGCUCCGGCGGGAAGUCCUAUUCUCUGACGGCCAACAGGGAGGUAAUCCUCUCCGCCGGUGCUAUUGGUAGUCCUCAGAUCCUACUUCUCUCCGGUAUUGGCCCAGUCGCUCAGUCGAAGUCUCUGGGAAUAAAGUCCCUCGUCGAUCUCCCUGAUGUUGGCCAGAACCUUCAGGACCAUCCGUUGCUGACUACAAACUUUCAAGUCAGCUCGAGCGACACGCUAGACAAUCUCAUCACGAACACCACGUUCCAAACUGAACAACUGGCGCAGUGGGAAGCUACCCAGACUGGCGACUUCACUCUUGGCGCGUGCAAUCAGUGGGCGUGGGAGCGUCUCCCAUCCAAUGACACCAUCUUCAAAUCCGUCUCGGACCCAAGCUCUGGUCCGACUGCGCCGCAUUACCAGCUCAUCUUUUCGGACCUGUACAUUGCGUUCGCCGGGGGGUCGCGACCGGAUGGACAUUUCCUUACUCUGAUCAGCAACCUGUACACGCCGGUUUCUCGUGGGAAUAUCACACUUAGGUCCACGAACGCCUUUGACUAUCCCAUCAUCAACCCAGGUCUGCUCAGCGACAAGGGCGGAUUCGACAUUCACGCUAUGACCGAAGCGCUCAAAGCCGGCCGUCGCUUCCUCAGCGCGCCAGCUUGGAAGAGCUGGAUUGUCGGAGAGUUUGGCGAUUCUGCGAGUGCACAGACGGAUGCGGAGAUCGAGUCAUUCAUUCGCCAGAACGCUCUCGUUGUUAAUCAUGUCUCGGGUACGGUCGGCAUGGGCAAGGCGAACACUAUUGCCAAGGGCAGCGGAGCCUUGAACCCCGACCUGACUGUGAAGGGCGUGAUAGGUCUGCGCGUCGUCGAUGCUUCUGCCUUCCCCUUCAUCCCCGCCGCGCAUACACAAGUCCCGACGUAUGCUCUCGCUGAGCGCGCUGCCGACCUCAUCAAGGCUUGCGACUAGGUCUUAUUGUCGAACGUCCGCUCAAUAAGCGUAGAGUUGUCAAGCAACAUAACUUACCGUUUCAUAGUGCUCCCCAAC